CGGCCUAGGCUCCUCCCCCUGUCACUAUCGUCAGAGGAUCCAUGGGAAAACCAACACACCAAUUAUGUAUUUAAGGAAAAACUUUUUACUGUUUCUGCUCAUCAUAUCAAUUUCCAUUAAUAAUUCAGUUGGUAGAAAACAUCAUCUUGAUCUAAAGGAUGAGACUCGAAAAAGCAUACCUGUUAGUAUGUUCGGAUUUCUUCGAGGUGGCAUCUUGAAUGUUACAGUAUCUAACUUGGCAAUCUCGAAACAAGCACAAGAAACAUCAGGACUGGGGUUUAGCUUGGAUAGGACACUUAGUGAUGCUGCAAACCCAUACUUAGAUAGCAAACGGGAUAUCUGUAGUUCAAGAUUGGAAAUAAAUGAAGAACCAGAUCACACAGCUGUUGCUCGAUUUGAAUUUGAUUUCAAAGACAAAAUAUUUAAAGUUCGGUGCUCCAGCAGGUUUAAUUUCAUUGGCAACAUUAUUACUGUGGAUGACCAAAGAAAUUGA